AGCACAACUGGGGAUCCGAGGGCCAUUUUGAAGCCCUAAAUCAGAAACAGAGCUUCUGCUGCUUCUUCCUCUCCUUCCAAUAAAUCAAAAACAACAGCGCACAGAAGCUGCUAUCUUCGCCUACUUAGAGAGGUGAGCGGUCAUAUAAAGUUCCCUAGUUCGGUCCUUUGCUUGUCUUGAAGCGAGAACUCCUAAUAUGGCAAAGCGCGAGAUAUCCAGUACUCUGAAGAACUUGAAGUUCAUGCAAAGGGCAGCUCAGAGAGAGGAAAAAACUAAGAAACAAGAAGAGGAGAAGCCAGAUGGGAGUUUCUUUUCCCCUGGUAUCAUUAGGAAGUGUGUGGUAAUAAUGGAAGGGGAUCCCCAUCCUGGAGCAGCUAUGGGACGGAUGUCAUUUCAAAGUUUCAAUCCUUCUGUUGAUAAACUAAAUGAAGAAGCAGCUAACUUCUGUCGGCCUGAAGCGUCUGAUGUGCAUGCCACUGGCUCCAGUGGUCAGAGUCGGACAUCUUUUAGAGAAAAUGGAUCGUCACAUGAUGAAGCUGGGUGUUCAGACGCUUCUAAGGCAAAAUCUGACACAGACCUAAAAAGAAAACAGUCUGAAGUAGUAGCUGAAUCACAAAAUCAGAAUAAAUCACCGAAAACUGAAGGUGGCCAACAGUUAUCACCAAAUAGCAGUAAAGCCUCCUUCAAGCAACCCAAACGUGAAAAGUUGGACUGGAGUGUGCUCAGACCAAAAAGUCAAAGCAAUCAAAAGAAGAGAGGGUGAGAAUAAAUUGGUCAUAUCAUUAACGUAAUAGUUGUGAAAUAUUUAAAAAAAAAAAAGAAUUUAUGAUCAAGUCCUGAAAUUUGAUGUUAUAAUUGUUGUCUUUUGUUUCUGCCCCUCGCUUUCUUUUUUUAACUAAUGAAUUUACUCGUAAAUGGAGAAAAAAAUUCAUAUAACUUGUCAUUUACAUUAUUUUGUACCGUGAUUUUCUUAACAAGCUUGGACAAGUGUUGCUAAAUGAGUUGCUUGACUCUCUCUUGUAUUACAUGCUUGUAACAGAUACGAUGCCAUUGAACCUACUUUUGAUGUUUAGGAUAUUGUAGUAUUAAUAGUUGGAUGAUGAUGAGUGCAUUCAAUAUUUUGUAAA